AUACUUAGAUAGCGACCAAACUGGCACAAGUUUUGCCAACAAAGCUCCGGUGACCGAUGGAGAAAGGAACACCUUCAGAUGUUUAGCAGUUGAUGAGCUACGGAAUCAUUGUUCAUCUUUUUAUUCUUGAAACGUAACUGAAUAGCGGCAAUUAUUAGUCAUGCAAUACCAGCACCCUGUGUCUUCAGCCAUGAGUGUUCCUCUUUAUGCACCGACCCCACUUCAGCCCGUCCAUCCAACUCCCUUCUACAUUGAAGAUAUCCUGGGCAGAAAUGUGACUCCAACGUCUUCUGCAGUCGUCCCGACUCCAACUCUACCGUCCCCAAAUUCGUCCUUCACGAGUUUGGUACCCCAUUACAGAACUCCCAUCUAUGAGCCAACGCCGAUUCACCCAGCCUUCUCGCACCACGCAGCACUGACUUACGGCUCCGGAGCUUUUGGCAAUUCAAUGUACCCAUUUCAUCGCGCAGUCGGAGAAUACGCGCAUGCACUGAUCAGGCACGAUCCUCUUGGUAAACCACUUUUAUGGACCCCGUUUAUUCAAAGACCCCUGCACAAAAGGAAGGGUGGCCAAGUAAGAUUCUCCAACGACCAGACCGUUGAACUGGAAAAGAAGUUUGAGACGCAGAAAUACCUCUCACCACCUGAACGGAAAAGAUUGGCUAAGAUGUUACAACUAAGCGAAAGACAGGUGAAGACUUGGUUCCAGAACCGUAGAGCGAAGUGGCGACGACUGAAACAGGAAAACCCACAAGGUGUAAAGAGGGAAUUGGAGGGCGAAAAUGCCGAAAUAAACUGCGAACCGAGACAGGAACUGGGUGUCAGCCCCAACGAGAGAAGCACAGAAAUUGCGAACAGCCGGUCGCAAUGUUCCUCUUCUCCUGUAUCGCAGGAAGAAAUUGAGUCAGACAUUUCGGACGAUUCGGAUCAAGAGCUGGACAUUGAAGACGAUAUCGAUGCGUCUUUAAAUGCGCAAAUAUGAGAAAGGACUGAUUCGGGUAAUGGGGAGAUUUUAUUCUCCUGAAACAUCCCCCCCAAGCUACAUAUCACUUUUUAUAAAUAAAUUGUGUUCCAAAAUAAAGUUUGUAUAUAUGUAUGUAUAUUUGGUGGAAACAAAUGUUCUUGUUAAUGUAAGUUAAGAAUAUAUCUUUGGCCUACGGUAUUUUGGGUUUUUAAACUAACCAAAAUGUAUGUAUGGGGUAGGCUGUUUCUUUGUGUUCACAGCAGUGAGUCCAGCUUGAUUAAUAUUCACUAAUUGCUGCUUUAGUGGGGAAAAUACUUUUCACGUUGUUCAAAUGGCCAUUUUAGUCUUUAUAAUUUUUGUGAAAUAAAAAAUAAUCUUUUGUGAUA